UACAUCAAUUAAGCAUGAAGAUAUUACUAAACCAACAAACUGUUUUCUUAUCCAUCCUCUUUUUCAUUAUUUCAAUUGCUAUUACUAAUGCAGAAUACCAAGAGGCAGAUUACAUGUCCCAUCUUAUAAAAUCACUCACUCCAACUCCUUCUACUUGGUCUAAUACCACUCACUACUGCAAAUGGAAUGGUAUCUUUUGCAAAUCUAAUCGAGUUGUGUCCAUUAACCUUCCAUCAAGCUCACUCUCCGGAACACUCCCUCCCCAUCUCUACGCUCUCACUAAUCUCACUCGCAUCGAUCUCCACAACAAUUCACUCAACGGUCCUUUGGCUAACUUUUCUGGUCUAGGCGCCCUCGAAGCCAUAUACCUCGGCCACAAUAAUUUUAACACAAUCCCAAACGGUUGCUUUCAAGCAAUUCCGUCUCUUCAAAUACUUAACCUUAGCAAUAACUUGAAUCUACAACAAUGGACUUUUACUAAGAAUUUAAUUGAUUCCUACUUUUUGCGUGUCCUUGAUCUUGAAGCUACAAAUAUCGGAGAAUCAUUACCAUCGGAAAUGUUUGAUCCCUACCCGAGGCUAGAUAUUGUUGUUCUUUCGCACAACAACAUCGUGGGACCACUUCCUCAGUCUCUUGGGAGUUCGGUAGUAAGAUAUUUAAGGGUCAAUAACCAAGAGAAUCAGAAUGGAUUUAAUGACACACUUGAUGUGAUAUCAUCCAUGACAUUCUUGCGUCAAGCGUGGCUUAACAACAACUUUUUUCAGGGUUCAAUUCCUAACAGGUUUGCUUCGACAAAUUUGUCUGACCUGCAGCUUCAAUCAAAUUGGUUAAUCGGUUUGGUUCCGCCUUCAUUGCUAGCUCUCACUAGCUUGAACAACAUCUCUUUGGACGACAAUUUUUUCCAAGGACCAAUACCUGUGUUUCCCAAGCGCGUCAAGGCAACUUGGAAAGGAAAUCCUUUUUGUGAAAGCCAUGCAGGACAUUGUGAUCCACAAAUUACAAUUGGUGAUGGAUUUCCUCUUUUAUUGACAAGUUUCGUGAACUUAACUCUUGCUGGAAAUAAAUUGACAGGUUUGAUACCAGAGAGUCUAACAACAUUGCCUAAUCUUCAACUUCUUGAUAUUUCUCAUAACAAUCUGUCGGGAAAAAUUCCCAAUUUUUCAUCCAAGGUUAAGUUAUUUACCCAAGGAAAUCCUUUGCUUGGCCUAAAUAUUUCCGGAGAUGGUAGAGGUAAAAAUGCAACUCAUUCCGGAGAUGAUGUUCCAACAAGAAAAAGUGGAGGUGAAAAGGAUUGGCUUAAAUAUGUUUGGAUAGCAGGAGCAUCUGUUGGAUUUAUAAUAUUUAUUGGAUUGAUUAUUUAUUAUCGUAAGGAGUGUCUUAUUUUAGUACAAAGAUGGAUAUUUAGGGGAACAAUAAAAUCUAGUCAUCAUAUUGUGGAGAAUUUUAUGGAAAGUUAUAAACUGUCAGUGCCGAUAAAACAAUAUAGAUAUGCAGAAGUGAAAAGAAUGACAAACUCAUUUCGAGAUAAAUUAGGUCAAGGAGGAUAUGGUACUGUGUACAAAGCAAGCUUAUCUGAUGGUCGUCAAGUGGCUGUGAAAGUAAUAAAAGAGUCCAAGGGAAAUGGAGAAGAAUUCAUAAAUGAAGUUGCUAGCAUUAGUAGAACAUCACACGUCAAUAUUGUCUCACUUUUGGGUUUUUGUUAUGGAAACAAAAGAGCGUUGAUAUAUGAAUUCAUGUCCAAAGGGUCACUGGAUAAUUUCAUCCUUAAAAGUGGGUCUUCUGAUUCUGUUUGUAGUUUGGAUUGGAACACAUUAUCCAAAAUUGCAAUGGGCAUUGCUCGUGGAUUAGAAUACUUGCAUCAAGGAUGUAUUUCAAGGAUAUUGCAUCUUGAUAUCAAACCUCAAAAUAUUCUUUUGGAUGAAGAUUUUUGCCCAAAAAUAUCUGAUUUUGGACUAGCUAAAAUAUGUCAAAGAGAUGAUAGUGUUGUGUCUAUACUUGGUGCACGAGGAACUAUAGGAUAUAUAGCUCCAGAAGUAUUUAGUCGAACAAAUGGCAGAGUUUCUGUCAAAUCAGAUGUAUACAGUUAUGGUAUGUUAAUUUUAGAUAUGAUUGGAAGAAGAAAGAAUUCAGGCGCUAGAGAUUCAUGUACUUCUGAAUAUUUUCCAGAUUGGAUUUAUAAAGAUCUUGAACAAGAAAAUAACUCUAAGAAUUGUAUAGAAAAUUCGGAGGAAGAGAAUGAUAUGGUGAGAAAAAUUACUAUGGUAAGUCUAUGGUGCAUUCAAACAAAACCAUCAGAUAGACCUUCAAUUAGUAAAGUAAUAGAAAUGCUACAAGGACCACUUCAGUCGGUUCCAUAUCCUCCCAAACCUUUUUUAUAUUCUCCUGAAAUUCCAAUAUUGCAAACUUCAUGUGUGCCUUCAAGCAGUUUGUCAGAGACAAAGUCAUCAACCUUAUCGAAGAAUGGUUCCAUAAAAACAAAUAAGUUCAGCAAAGACAACAAUGAAGAUGUGAUUGUAGUGUAAAAAAAUAAUUUGUUGAUAUUUGAAUACAACUUUGCAUAUACUUUGUUUAAACCUCAAAACAAGGUCGUAUAUUUUUAGCUGGUAAAUUCAAGC